GAACUUGAUACUCGGGUAAUGUAAAAGGUGUGCUUGCCUUGGGAGCUCUUGGGUCACUUGGGCAGCAAUUGGGCCUCCCUUGUUGCUUCACUCCUUCCCCUCUGUCCGGAACUCUGAGCAGAGCAUUCGUCUCACAAUAUCAGCUCGCAACAAACGCAAACAGCAACAACCACAACAACAGCAACAACGCUACCUUCUUCUUUCUUUCUUUUACUAACAACAACAAAUAUCAAAAUGGUUGACCGUGGAUGCUUCAAGCAACAAGAAAUCCAAUUCCUUGAUGAGAAGAUCACCAUCAAAGCUCUCGUCAAGAGCAAGAAACUUCCAGAGUCCUUUGCGCCUGACAACUGGUCUGUGAUCUGUGGACGCGGCAAGGAGUGCUACAAUCACAUUGGCAACCGCCGACUCCGUGUUCUUGUAGAGUCCAAUCUUCCCAAGUACUCUGCCACCAAGUCCAAGUUCGAAAAGACCAUUAUCGUUUCUAGUAUCGUCGAUGCCGUUCGAGGAGCCUCUUCCACUGGAGGCUUUGUCAAACAGAACACAAAGACCAAGCAAUGGGUCGAAGUUGGAGACUCUGUGGCCCGCGAAAAGAUUGGCCAACUGCUCCGCGAAGCCAUGAUGCGCAAGAACCCUGAAAAGCUCAAUGCCCGCAAGGACAAGCGAAGAGCUCAAGCACUCAAGAACAAGAGCAAGAUCCAGCAGCCAACACAACUGUCAUCCGCCAAGUCUGUCUCUGACUGCUCCACUUCCUCCGAGGAACAACAAUCCGAUAACUCCUCAUGCUGCGGUACAUCCUCCUCUGGAAGCAGUGUGGCAUCAUCUGAAUCUGACAGUGUCAUGCCAGCACCAAUGCCUGCUUUGACCGCCAAGCAAAUCGAAUUCAGCCGCGUAGCAGACUUGUUUGACGCAGACCCUCUUCCCAUUGACAUGGACCAUGCGUUUGCAAACCCCAGUGUAUUCGCCUUUCCCGAUCUGUCCUUCUAAACAUACCGGUAGCGCACCACUUGUUCAUGUGGCUGCUAGCUAUCAGGGGUUAAACGACGGCAGCAGUCAUUCCGACUCCAACAUCCUACUUCCAACAAAACAAAUCAGUUUUUAAGAUCUAUUCAUACUACUAUUAAACAUCAAAACUAUCAGAAACAAACAU